AUACUCUUUUUUGUACAUCUCUAAGUAGUUUUUGUAAUGGUAAAACAAUAUUAAUUUUAAUAUUUAGCGCUGUGUGUUUGUAAUUUCUUACUGGUUGCACGAACGGCGUGACAUUUUGCUGCAUCGUUGCUAUGGUGCGCAAAUGUACACCACAAUCCGACAGUGACAAACAUAUACUUGAAGAGUAAAUGCAAUCGCUACAUCGCAAAAGCAAAGAAAAAAAAUAAAUAACGAAAAAGGAAAAAACAAAUAUAUGCGGAGAAAAUAGUUUUGUGAAAAUGGACGAUAUAGAAAUAGAAUAUCUAGACGAAUACAAAGACUUAGUUCUACCAGGCAUCAACACAACCAGCGAAAGACGCAUGCAACAAACGUUGAUUCGAGCGCCGAUCAACAGACGUAUAUCGUCCGAUUCAAGCGGUUCAUCGUCCAUAGAUCCAGAUAUUUUUCAGAAACUAUUUGACGGUAAAUUUCUUGACGACGAGUUAAUAACUGAAAGCGGUCCAAAUGCGAAGGGUAGUCCUCGGCGUCGGGUGAGCUCUUCAUCGAGCGACUGUAGCGAUGCUCUGGCUGCAUUGUACAAUCGACAAAGCAGCAAAGGCAAAGGCACAAGACGUGAUCGGCUCGAUUCAUAUGAUUCAAUUGAUGAUUUGGGUGAUGCAUUAAUGGGCCCAACCCACAAAUCGCUAUCAAAAUCAACAUCGUCGCAGGCAGCAGCAAGAAAGACUCUAAGUCAUAACGGCAUGGACAGGUCUAAAAUUACAAAUAACAAGUCCCAAUUAUCUGCAACAAAGCGCAAUAAUCCAGAAAGCUUUAAGCAUGAAAUGAGGCCUAAUGACAGAAGCAGCAGCAGUGGCUCCUCAAACCCGCCCAUGGUGCACAAAAAGAAAGCUGUAACCAUUAUAAAAGCUAAGAAACCAGACUUGAAGCCACCCAAACAUGAACCCAAAGAGGAUCCACUAAACUUGCGAGAAUUCUCUGAUAACACAGACAGCGAUUCAUCUUAUGAAUACGAAUCCGAUUUCUAUGGCUAUGGCGAUUCAGAUGAUGAUGAUGGCGAGGUAUCGAAGCAAGUUAUUGAUAUAUCAACGGAUAGCAGUACGGUGACAUCAUUGGCGGACACUGUGACACCUGUUGUUUCCGAAGACGAGAGCCUGAAGCAGCAGAAGCAACAAACACCAAAUGCCCAAAAUGACCGUCUUCAGGUGUAUCUAAAUAAUCUAAGUAGUGCCGAAACGCCACCAUCUAAGCAUAAAUAUACAAGCACCGCAAAGAAAUCGCACUCCCACGAAAAGCAGUCCAAUACAUUAGCACAAAAAGAUCAAGAUCAGGAUCAAAUUGAUCAGGUGCAGGAAAAGGCCGAGAAGCAACUUGACAGUCCCUCAAGCAGUAAAACUCAACCGAACUACUGCAAUGAGAUGGACAAUGUAUCUCCAGCUGAUUAUGUUGAUGUUAACUUAACCUACGAAACAGUAGAACGUUUAAGCCUCAAUCUUGCCGAGGAAAUCAUUAGUAUUGAUGCUGAGCGCUCCAAGGAGUUCGAACGUCGUUCUGCUUCCAAGACGCGCAGCUUAUCUUCUUCAAAGAAAGUGACUCAGCCAACAGUUAGGUCGUCGCUCUCCAAAAGCCAUAUACGCAAACUCACCUACUCUAACGAAAAGUUAGAUGAGAAAUAUCCGCUAAUGCACACACUUCGUCGGGUCAAAAGUUGUGGUGGCUUCCCGAAACGUGAUCUGGAAAGACAACCAAAGAACAGGGCUGCAACCACAGAGAUACAACUCACGAAUGAACCAUCAUCGUCACCGAAAAAUCUUGUGGAAGCACCUAAAGAGCAAGAGCCAAAAGUCGAAAUUGAAACGAAACCCCAACAGGAGAAGGUAGUAAAACGUGGGCGUGGUCGACCGAGAAAGAACAAAGCAGAGCCAGCUAAGCCUAAUCUGUCACAAAAUCCCAAUCUAACUGUCAGUGUAGAGGAAAAAGUAAAUUCUGGGUGCACGAUUUCUGAAUCAAAGUCUUCGAACGAAACUUUGAAGGAAGCGCAACACGAGUUGAAAAUAAAUGACAAAGCAAAAAUCAUAGAAACAAAUAUUGAUUCAACUUCUGCAACAAACGAAGGCAAUAAAAUUGAAUUUAAAGCUACUCAAAUGGAGGCUGAUCAUGAAAAAGAUAACUCAGAACGGACAAGUGCUGGGAUGUGUCUGAAUAUAGACGGUGCGCUAAAUAAUGCGAAACCAUGUGGAAACGAAGGGGAAAAGGAAACUGCAACCUUGAGUAAAGAAGAAGCAAAUGAAAAUAUAAAAAAGUCGAGCGCUCCGAAAAUUAACGAAAUUGAUAUACACAAUCGAGGAAAAGUAGGCCGAGACUGUCGAGAUGAAAUUGAAAUCCCAGAUGACAACAAAAUAAAUUCGACUGAUAUAUCAAAAAAGAAUAUUAACAGUUCGGUUGUAGACAAAAAAGAUAACGAGCAGGAAACUGAUAGACCGGAUGAUGACAAAAUGGAAAAAGUUGAUAAAGACGCAACUCAAAUAAUGAAUCCUGAGGCAUAUUGUGAGAAAAGUGAUAAGGAAGUGACCGCAGAUGACGUUGAUAAACAACUAAGGUCAGAUUCAAACGUGGAUUUAGUCAAAAAGAAACGUCGCUCGGCAAACACAUCGAGAAGAAGCGAAAGUCGUAAUGCCAGACGAUCGCGUAGAAGUGAUGCUGAUUCCUCUGGAACUGCCGCACCUGCACCACGGCGCAGUAGUCCUCGGGUGACAGAAAAGUCACCAGCUGGAGGAACUCAAAAGGCUGAUAAAGAAAAAUCUAAAUCUCAUUCAAGCGCUAAACCCCCCAAAAAAUCCAAAGAAAUUAAUAUUGUGGACCCAAGUUCAGAAAACUUAAGUCAUAAAAAGUCUGCAAAGGGCAGACCGUCACACAGCUCCAAAUCAACAACAGCUAAAGCUAAAGACAAUUCCACAACGCAUAGGAAAUCGCGGAGUACAAAGUCUAAGCCAAAAAUCGAAGAGUCGCCACCCAGGCAGAUGGAGACUAUCGAAUCAAAUUUGGCCGCAAUGAUGGAAUCUGUAUCACUUCCAUCCGAUGGUGAUUCCAAUGAAGCAAAGACAAUUGAUAUUAAACAGAAUUCAGAAAAAGAUAUUGAUACUCCCACAUCUUCAGAUACUCACAUUAGAAUAGAUGGUAAGACUAUAGAAUCCUCAAGGGAGGCAGCAUUAACUCAAACAUUGUCCGAUCUCGAGCUACUUACAACAUUGGAUUUAAAUGAGAAUUCAACUUAUAGCGAGCAGCAACCAAAUAUUCCAGAUACCCCUUCAAUUCCAUCCAUUAAUACUACUGAAGAUCAAAAUGAUUUAUACAAAUCUCUUGAUUUGGAUAUUGUAGUCAAUAAGCAGGAAAACUUGUGCGAGGAGUCGGUCGUAGCUAAACAGCGUGCCGCAGUACCUCGUGGAUUAAGAGAUCUCCUGCAGGAAGCAGGAACUGAAAGACAACACGAGAGAGCAGGAAGUCGUGCCCGAUCCACGCGCUCCAGGGUGGGGACGCCCAUUCCUCCAAAGUCGAGAAAGACUAGGAUUAAGGAAACUAAAUCAUCUGAGACUCCAAAGAAAGAGCAGACUAAUGACAAACCAGAAACGAAAUCAGAUCACACUGCAACCUGCAGCGAAUUGCCUAUAGAGAAGCAAGAGAAUGAAGUUCCCAACUUAAAUCGAAGUGAAGCCAGUCAAAACAUCAGUUUUGAUGCAGUUGAGAAAGCCGUUGCUACGGAUCAAUCAGAACAUCCAACUGUAUGCAAUGAUAUUCGACAUGCAAUUGAAAAAGGUAAUCAGGCUUGUGAUCAGAGUACACCCAGCACUUGCUCCUCGAACAGUUCAUGUCGUAAGCUUCGCAUUCUAAUUAAGAAACCAGUGCCACGCUCUAAAAUCAAUUUUGGCCAACUUGAAAAUGUUGAGCAUGCAGACGAUGAGUUGGAAGAUCCCACAUAUCCAUCAGAUCAAUCAGUUUGCCAUGAUGUAGGAGAUAAAGCGACCGAGAGGGAGCCAUUGAAGAGCCUACCAGAAAAAAUCACUGGAGAGGAUCAACUAAAUCUCAAUGAGCAAGCAGAAAACGCAACACAUAUUACAGUAGAUCAGCAAAAAGAUCCAGCUACAGCCGAUACCAAAAUUAGUGAAGAGGACUCAGUUCUAAGGGAUGCUAAGGAUAAGCUAACUGACCAGGAGACGGCUAGCAUGAAACAGCAGCACAAUGAGAAGGAUGACGCAUUUGGGGAGGAGAAGAUAGCUGCUGAAGAGCGUCAACUUGAUAUGGCGAUAUCACAACAACCAGAGCAAGAGGCGUCUUCUCAGCUGGCAACUCCCAACGAACAGCAGCAUCAGCAAUCGGACCAAACAGCUGCUGAACCUAUGGAACAAUCAGCGGAUGAGCAGCCACGGACUACAGUUAACAUUGAUCAAUUAUGCGCAACGGAAACAACAGGUGUCAUGGAACAUGUCGAUGAGGAGGAGUGUACCGAUACUGGGAGCUCCAAUCAGAUGGAUGCCUCUGAACCAGAUGCCGCUAAGCGCAAACAAAUGUUGCAAGCGAAACAUGCGAGUCGCAGCAUUGCGAUGGCGCCACCAGCAGUACCCAAAUCGGAGCUAUCUAGUGGUAAAGGGGUCGUGCGACGUCCAGGAAGGCUCAUCAAGCUGAGUGAUCAGCCCAAGCAGAAGCGUCGAAAGUUGGCAGUAAUGCAGAGUUCUUUGGAGGACAAUAGUAAAAGUCAAUUAGACACACAGGUAUCGCCCUCUUCCACAAAUGAGGCUAUGGAGGAGCCAGGAGGCAAGGCCAGCGGCAAGCAUAUGCUAGCUGUCAACAUGAGAUCCCCGAUUAAACCAUCCCCACCAGGAGUCAGAAAGUUGGGAAAAACGUUAACAGCGACAAAGCUGAGCAAGAACGAUGAGGUGAACAAGACGCCGCCAAUUAAAUCUAGUUUAUCAGCAUUAUUGAGCGACGAUGACUCCAUGUCCAUCAAUAACACAGUAAUAAUAACGAAAACGCCAAUAACAAAUACGACGGAACCGUUCAAAAAGGUGGAAACGCCAGCAUCUCCUGCUGUUGGCAUCAACAUAUCCGUUUCAUUGCUGCCUGAUCCUAACAAUCAGACGAGUUCGCCGCCCAAGAAGACAAUGACUCAGGCAGAGACGGCAAAGAAGCUGAUGUCGCUUAGUGCGGCAGCCAAGAAGGAGGAAUCAUCUCCAAUAGCAAAACAAUCUGUAGCCUCGCCUAUCGCACCAAAUUUGCCUGUGCAGUCUGCUGAGGCUGGCAAAAAGAUGAAAGCCCGUAAGUCGGAAACAGAUAAGCGAACUCCAAAAACACCUUUAUCUCGAAUAGCAGGCAAAGCAGCUUCCAGCGCAGCCAAGAAGAGUCCAAAGCCAACAGAAGAAGCAAGUGAAAUGGCGAAAGCUAAAGAGCCAACAAAACCAGCUGCGAUUGUUAGUCCAAUAGUUAAUAGAAAAUCCUUGCCACAAACCCAUGCGAAAAAGCUGGACACACACACUAAUGAAAUAUCUGCAGCUCCGGUAGAAGCAGCUGGCAUCAAUGAGGGCAACGAGGCGAGCGAAUCCAUAGCUGCCGAAGAAUUAGUCGAAGCUCAGGACACGCAGAAAAAGGAUUCGCGAAAGUCUACGGGUCAGAAAUCGCUUAGAAAAUCCAAAUCCAAAUCCAAGGAAGUACUAGCGGUGGCAGAGGCAACGGAACCAGCAUCAUCAGAAUCUAUGCCAUUGGCAACAAAAGGCCCGUCGGAGUCGCGGGAUUCGUCGACUGAGCGUAAGAAGCGCAAACCGCGUGUGACAAAACAGACGAAAACUGUGACGCCGAUGACACGCGCCUGCAGCCAUGCCCGCUCUUUGGCUGCCACGCCCACACCGUCAACACAACGCAAUCCCUCCAACGAGCGACAGCCACUCACAAUGCCCCCACUCGUCCCACUGGCAUCAAAGCCACAACGACAAGCGCGCAAGAGUCUAAAACAGACCAAAGCCGAGGCGCAGGCGCAGAGUCGGGGUCAGGCUGAGUGCUCUGAGCCGGCGAAAGCUACACAGUCGCGGAAGCGCAAGCCUCCGGCCAAGUCUCUCGCAGGCGGAGCGAAACGCUUAAAGGAACAGCCAGCCAUGUCAGAGACAGCUGUUGCGUUCCCAGUGCGUAUCACAGCGGCUGCCCUUACUGCUAGUCGGACAUCAAUUGCCGAGCCAAUGGCAGCUGUACGGCCACUACCGCCUCUAGUACCAAUAAUGCCGGCAAAGCUAGUGCAGAAGGAAAAGGAUUUGCAGCUUCCGCCUCAGCCCUUGCCGCCAAAGCUGCGCAAGUUGCGAGUGCGUCUCAAUCGAUCCGUGAUACCCAAUUGGCUCAAGAGCCUGAAGCAAGCAGAGCAAGCCGCCCAGCGCUUGGAGCCUGCGACAGCUACAGCGCCGCCUAGUGCCACAACUGCAACAACAAGUGCAGCUCCAAAGCAAACAGAGCCUCUCAUCAGCAAAUCCCAGCCGGCUGCGCGUAGGCCACAAGUGAAAAUACCAAUUGUCAACUCUGUGCCGCUUCCAGUGCCUCUGCCAGUGCUGGAAGUGAAGCCGGAGCUGCCCGAAAUGGAGGAGGAACCACAAUCCAACAACAGUGCAGCCGCAGCACCAGCGCUGCACUUGGAAAUUGAUGUUCCAGUGCCAUCCAUAGCUCAAGUUGCGGCAAGUAUAUCAAGCAGCCAGACCCCCACCAGAGUGGAGCCAGCAGCGAUGGCGCAGCCGGGAAUGAAUAUGGCUAGCAGUGCGAUCAACGCUAUCAGCAGCCAUGCCAACACCGCCAUCGCACCCGCCCCUGCCCCUGCUCCUGCUCCUGCCCUUGCCCCUGCCCCUGCCCCUGCCCCCGCUAACACCAGCGGCACCACCAGCACCACCAGCUCAAUACCUCCAGCGAAUGUCAUCAGCGAUCAGAAUACGUUCGGCACAACGAAAAUGUUUUCGUUUUUGUAUCCAUCACGCUAUCAGCGCUCCUACAGCCAAGUUGGACUGGACUUUUGUUGCCCGAACCUGGACGGGCCGAUGCAGGCCAUUGAUCCGACGCGGCUGCACUCGAAAGCGGAGGUGCCGGUGCUAGAGUUGCCCCAGUAUAUGGUCAUAUCGACAAAGAUUAUCUCGAGGCAGGACAAGAACAUACCGCCAAAGGUGCGCGCCAAGCUGGAGCAGCUGGCGGCGGCCAGGGAUGCCGAAACCACCAGUGCCAUACCAACGGUGUUGCCAGCGGCGACAGCUGCCGUGGCCACGCCCCCAGUGCCAGCAGUGGCGAGCAGUGCGCCGCCAACCAUGAGCCAUGGAGAGACGGUUGCCAAGCAGCUACCUCCACAGAAUACAACCUUGGCCAAGAAUCCGCCGCCGGCAAAUGUUACACCUGCUGCUGCUAAUGCAGCUGCAGCACCGAAGAUACUCUCCUCGCCUCCGCCCUUAACUGCAAUCAGAUCAGCGAAGAAAUCAUUACCAUCAAGGGGCAUGCUGCAGUUGCCGCCGAUUUGUCCCACUGACAAGAUGCGCACGGAUCUGCAAUCUCGUGUGCAGCUCUUCGAUCAUGUGCUACAAGGCCUAUCCCGACGAGCUGCAGUGAUGAGUGUAUUGGAACGGCAACAAGUCAUCGAGAAUAUUGUGAAGACGAGCGCGCUGCUGCCGGUUGAUGUGGAGAUGGCCAUCAAACUGUUGGAGAGCUAUUCAUAUUGCUUGUAUGCAGUCAACAGUGCCAAUGCUACUAGGAAUCACGAACAACGUCAGCAGCAGCAGCAAUCGACAGCCGCAGCCAGCACAUCCAACUCCAGAGCGGCAGGUGUUGCUGCUGCUGCUCCUGCUGGUGCUCCUGCUCUUACUGCUAGUCCACAGCCGGGAGCCUCGAACAGCACGCCUGUUUACGAUGCAAGUAAUAAGAUUAUUGGCUAUCAGUAUAAAACUCCAAAUAUGUCCAUGAAAUCAUCGCGCGGUACAUUCGUCAAAGUGACACCAUCCUCAACAGCAGCUGGAUCAGGAGCAUCAUCACCCGCAGCAGGAACAGCAACACAGCAACGUGGACGUCAAAGUGCAGCCAGCGGCAAGGUAGCAAGCGUCAACUUGGUGUCACCCACAGUAGUGCCUACGCGCGUGGCAAAGAGAGUAGGGUCCGGUACCAUGAUUCCCUUUAAUCCAUCGCCAGCGCAAAAGACCUAUGCAGGGCGCUCCACGGCGGCGUCAGCCAGAAAAGCUGUCGCCACAGCGGACAAAGCGGCGCCCGUGGGCGUCGUCAAUGGAAUGCCCCAGCUGGGAGCGGUGCCACAGGCAGCGUUAGCCGAGGACAACAUGAAUCGUACCAAUCUGUUUAUUGUAAAUCAGUUGAUGUCGCAGCAGGAGGAGUGCAUAUUGCCCGAUGCAAUUGGUACAGUAGAAACUGCUGCUGCCGACAUCAAGGGUGAGCUUGAAGAUGCCGAAACAUUAACUUAAUUCAUACAAAUAUAUUAAGGAAAAGAGUAAUUAUAAAUACACCUAAAGUAUGAAAAGUAUUUUAAGCUACUUUACCAAAAGUAAGAUGAUGAAGCCCAUAUUUAGAAUACAAAUCAACAUAUGUAAAACAUUAAUUUCGGGCUGCAAAAGGCUUGUUAAAUUUCCACCUUUGCCUAUACUGCUAGUUUUUUUUAAAAUAAUAAUAAAAAAAAUCGCUAAGUGAGCGCAUAUGUUAUAAA